UGCCCCGGGCUCUGUGACCAACCUUCUUCCUCCUGGGGGUUGGGGCGUCUGAGCGGGAAGCACUUAGUCACCCCCUCCCCAGCGAUGACCCGCGCGGCCUACAAACUCUGGGUCCCCAACACCAACUUCGAAGUGGCCACCAACUGGAGCCAGAACCGGACCCCGUGCGCAGGCGCUGCCGUCGCGUUCCCGGCAGACAAGAUGGUGUCGGUCCUGGUGCGGGAAGGUCACAGCAUCUCCGACAUGCUCCUGCCGCGGGACGGGGAGUUCGUCCUGGACUCGGGAGCUGGCUUCGGCGCGGCGGACGCGGGCAGGGACCCGGACUGCGGCGCAGCCGCCCCCGCGCUCUUCCUCGACCCCGACCGCUUCUCGUGGCACGACCCGCGCCUGUGGCGCUCCGGGGGCGCGGCGCGCGGCCUCUUCUCCGUGGACGCCGAGCGCGUGCCCUGCCGCCACGACGACGUCGUCUUCCCGCCCGACGCCUCCUUCCGGGUGGGCCUCGGCCCCGGCGUCGGGCCCGUGCGCGUCCGCAGCGUCUGGGCCCUGGGCCAGACGUUCACGCGCGACGAGGACCUGGCCGCGUUCCUGGCGUCCCCCGCCGGCCGCCUGCGCUUCCACGGGCCGGGCGCUCUGAGCGUGGGUGCCGAGGCCUGCGCCGACCCGUCGGGCUGCGUCUGCGGCAACGCCGAGGUACAGCCGUGGAUCUGCGCCGCCCUGCUCCGGCCCCUGGGCGGUCGCUGUCCCCCGGCCGCCUGCCGUGACGCCCUCCGGCCCGAGGGGCAGUGCUGCGACCUCUGCGGAGCCAUCGUGUCGCUGACCCACGGCCCCACCUUUGACAUUGAGCGGUACCGGACGCGGCUGCUGCGAGGCUUCCUGCCCCAGUACCAGGGGCUGCAAAUGGCCGUGUCCAAGGUGCCGCGCCAGAACGCAGGCGCCGAGGCAGACACGGAGAUUCAGGUGGUGCUGGCAGAGACCGGGCCCGACGGGACGGGCGGCGCGGGGCGGCUGGCACGUGCCCUCCUGGCGGACGUCGCCGAGCACGGCGAAGGCCUGGGGGUCCUGUCCGCGGCAGUUCGGGAGUCGGGCGCGCCGGUCGGGGACGGCUCCGCAGCGGGACUGGAAAGUUCGGGAAUGCGCGCGGGGCUGGCAGGCGGCGUGGCGGCGGGGCUGCUCCUGCUGCUGCUGGCGCUGCUGGCGGGGGCGCUGUUGCUGCGUGGCGCUAGGAGCUUCAGGUGGAGUAGGCGCGACGAAGCGGCCCCAGCGCCCUUCGUGGCGCCCUUGGGCUUCUCCAACCCGGUGUUCGACGUGGCGGGCUCAGUGGAGCCGCCUUCCGCCCCACAGGUGGAAAACAGCAGCGUCAGCCGCAGCUACUUCGUUAACCCUCUUUUUGCCGAGGCGGAGGCCUGAGCCCCCGUGUGACUGGCCAGCCCCCCUUCUGCCCUCCGCCGCCCCAUUUCGAGAAAUGUACGGGUCCCUGACAUUAAAAGAUCUCUGUUCCCUUUUCCACACUCCUUGUCCCCAGCCCCUGCAGACCAAGGACGGGGUGGCUUUGCCCAAUAAAGGGGUUUCUUGCACCUGC